AUAUAUUCGGAUGGAUCCAUUGGAGAUAUCUUGGUGUUGUUGAACAACGUUAUAGCGUACAGAACCGUGUUUACGUUUGUGGCUAGCUCACAAAUCUGUUUUAAGAAAGUUUUCCGUUUUACGACCACAGGGUUUCUCUUAGCAUAUGCAAGGCCACGAGAUGGUAUCAAAGAAGAGCCGGUCGACAUUCCUGCCGACGAUUUUGAUGGUCGUUGCGAUCGUCUCUCUCCCCGCGAUCUACGCGGCUACCACCUACACCAUCGUCUCCGGCGACACGCUAUGGAAGAUCGCGCAGCGCAACAAGAUCACCCUCAACACGAUCGUCGACGCCAACCCGCAGAUCAACAACCCCAACGCCAUCUACCCCGGCCAGAAGAUUACCAUCCCGGAUAAAAACACCGUCCCGAGCUCCAGUCCUGCCGGAAGCAUCGAGUCCCAGGUGGUGACACUGGUGAACAAGGAACGAGCGAAACACGGGCGGAGUCCUCUGAGGGAGUUGCGGGAGCUGUCGAAGCUGGCGCGGACCAAGUCGGCGGACAUGAGGGACAGAGGGUACUUCGACCACACGUCGCCGAGGCUCGGGAGUGCGUCCAAGAUGAUGAAGGACGCCGGGCUCAAGGCCUCGUCGUCCGGCGAGAACAUCGCCGCCGGCCAGACCACCGCACAGACCGUCAUGAACUCCUGGAUGAACAGCCAGGGCCACCGCGAGAACAUCCUCUCGCCCGACUUCAAGGAGAUCGGCGUCGGCUUCGCCAAGGGAGGCUCCUGGGGCUACUACUGGACUCAGAUGUUCAUCAAACGCUGAACCGGGAUUUGGACGGUGAUAUGUCUAAUGGUCCAUCUCUAUUGGUCUUAGAGACUUGCUGGCUGUAUGUAGUGAUGAUAAAACGAGGGUUGAAGAGAAAUUAUGCGCUGAUCAAGUUGGUUUACCUACGUACACUGGAAAAAAAACAAAAGACAUUGGAUCUCGAGUCCAGACUCUUGAAAACAUUGACAAGAAAAAGGACUCUUGAUUCCAUCAGAUUUAACCUUAAAUUAAAAGGAGAUCCGCUC